AUGUCUGAUUUACGUUAUUUUCAAACUACGAAGAAAGGGGAAAUUCACGAGUUGAAAGAAGAAUUACAUUCUUCACAUAAAGAAAAGAAGAAAGAGGCAAUAAAAAAAAUAAUAGCUGCUAUGACAGUAGGAAAAGAUGUUUCGACUUUAUUUUCUGAUGUUGUAAAUUGCAUGCAAACAUCUAAUAUAGAAUUAAAAAAAUUGGUUUAUUUAUAUGUAAUAAAUUAUGCAAAAGUACAACCAGAACUUGCUAUUUUAGCUGUUAAUACAUUUAGAAAAGAUUCAUCUGAUCCAAACCCUCUUAUCAGGGCACUUGCCAUACGAACAAUGGGAUGUAUUAGAUUAGAACAAAUAACUGAAUACUUAAUUGAACCAUUGAGAAGAUGUUUAAAAGAUGAGGAUCCUUAUGUUAGAAAAACAGCUGUUAUAUGUAUUGCUAAACUAUACGACAUUUCUCCAAAACUGGUAGAAGAAGAGGGAUUUAUUGAUACUCUUCUAAAUAUUUUAGAUGAUAAUAAUGCCAUGGUUGUAGCUAAUGCAAUAAUUUCAUUAACUGAUAUAUGCGAAAAUUCAAAUAAAAGUAUUUUAAAAGAUGUUAUUAAUAAAGAUGAAAGUAAUGUUAACAAACUUCUUAAUGCCAUUAAUGAAUGUGUAGAAUGGGGACAGGUUUUUAUUUUAGAUGCUUUAGUUUUAUAUGAACCAAAAACUAGUAAAGAUGCUGAAAGAGUUUUAGAAAGAAUUUUACCUAGAUUAUCUCAUGCAAAUUCAGCUGUUGUUCUUUCUUCUAUUAAAGUUAUUUUAAGUUUAUUAGACAAAAUUACUGAUAAAGAAUUUAUAAAGAAUGUUCACAAAAAAUUAAGUCCAUCUUUAGUUACAUUAUUAUCAGCAGAACCAGAAAUACAGUAUAUAGCUUUACGGAAUAUUAAUUUAAUCACACAAAAACUACCUAAUAUGCUUGCAGAUAAAAUCAAUAUGUUUUUUUGUAAAUACAAUGAACCUGCCUAUGUUAAAAUGGAAAAGUUAGAUAUCAUUAUUAGACUUGUUUCUGAUAAAAAUGUAGAUUUAGUUUUAUAUGAACUGAAAGAAUAUUCAACAGAAGUAGAUGUGGAGUUUGUAAAGAAGAGUGUCAGAGCUAUUGGAAGUUGUGCUAUUAAGUUACCACAAUCUAGUGAAAAAUGUAUUAAUAUUUUAUUAGAUUUAAUAGACACAAAAAUUAAUUAUGUUAUUCAAGAAUGUAUUGUAGUUAUAAAAGAUAUAUUUAGAAAGUAUCCAAAUAAAUAUGAAAGCAUCAUUACCAUUUUAUGUGAAAACUUGGAAUCGUUGGAUGAAUCUAAUGCCAAAGCAUCUCUAAUAUGGAUCAUCGGAGAAUAUGUAGAAAGAAUAGAUAAUGCUGAUGAAUUAAUUGAUUCAUUCUUAGAAAAUUUUAAUGAUGAACCAUAUAAUGUUCAGUUACAAAUACUAACAGCUAGUGUAAAGUUAUUUUUAAAGUGUUCUAAAAAUACCAAAGAUAUUAUUAUAAAAGUGCUGAAAUUAUCUACUGAAGAAAGUGAUAAUCCUGAUUUAAGAGAUAGGGCAUAUAUAUAUUGGAGGUUACUAUCAAAAAAUAUUGAAGUAGCAAAAAAAGUUGUUUUAGCAGAAAAACCACCUAUACAAGAUGAGAAUAAAAUAACAGACACAAAAGUUUUAAAUAAGUUGAUUAAAAAUAUUUCUAUGCUUUCUUCUGUUUAUCAUAAAUUACCUGAAACCUUUAUCUCAAAAAAAAGUAAUUUUUCUCUAACAACUGAUAACAAUGAAGAUCAUUUAGAAAAUGCAGAAAAUAAUGUACAGAAAAUUAAAAAACAAAUGGAAAAGCAAAAAUAUGAAAGUUCUUCUAGUGAAAAUAGAAAAUCUAAUCAUUCUAGAUCUUCCAUUGAAUCGGAUAAUAAUUCAUCUGAUAAUGGUAAUGAUGAAAAAGAUGAGGAUGAAGAAGAUAAGAAAUCAAUAGAUCUAAUAGGAUUAAAUGAAGAAGUUCAUAAACCCAAAAAAAAUAUUCCUCCUGUAAAAUUAGUUCAAGUUUUAGUUUCAGAGGAUACUGGUUUAAGAGGAAAUAAAGGAUUAUCUAUUUUAUCAUCACUAAAUCGCAUUGAUGGGAAAAUUCAAUUAAAAAUAGUUGUAACUAAUAAAACAUCUAAUACUUUAGUUAUAUCAGGAAUUCAAAUAAAUAAAAAUUCUUUUGGUUUAUCCUCUCCUAAUAAUUUAGAUAUACAAAAUAUUCCUAUAGAAGAAACAAAAGAAAUCAACAUUUUUUUGAUACCAAAUAUUUUAAAUUCUAAUACACCACCAACAACUCCAUUAUUUUUACAAGUUGCAAUAAGAACAAAUGUAGAUAUUUUUUAUUUUAAUGUUCCUUAUGAUAUUUUUGUUGUUUUUGUUGAAAACUUCAAUAUGGAAAAAGAAGUUUUUAAAAAAAAAUGGCAAAUUAUAGAAGAUUCAAAAGAAAGUAUACUGAUAGCAACGAGCCCAAUGGUUAUAACAUCAGAUAUGUUAAUAAAAAGAAUGAAAAUUUUCAAUAUUUCAUUAAUAGCUCGUAGAAAUGUAAAUAAUAUGGAAUUAUAUUACUUUGCUUGUUUAACAACAAAUAAUUUAGUUAUAUUAAGUGAAGUUACUAUUCAAUCUGAAAAGAAAGCAGUUAAAUUGUGCAUUAGGACAGAUUCUUUGUCAGUGAUACCACUUUAUAAGUUACUUUUUGCCAAAGCAUUUUCAUUAAGUGUAACCCAAUCAUAA